AUGACACUUAGUCUUGUCACCAUCUUUCUGUUUGCCGUCCACGUUGCCCAAGCUGGCCUCGUCAAACGAGACCCGGUAGUCAACUGGGCCACUGUCGCCAGCUCUCGCGGCGACAAAUUGCCCGACUUCAGCUACUGCGGCUAUCGCAACUCGGACUCGGCCCUUCCGACUAUCGGUAACGGGAACAUUGUCCUUGCCCUUCCGACGAAGGCGACCGAUGAUAUUGGCCCAUCUCUUCAGCAAGCCAUCAACCAAGCAUGGUCAAACGGUGGAGGCACUGUCCGCAUCCCCGCAGGCAAGUUCUACAUGAUGGCCGGCAUCCAGUUGUACAGCAAUGUCAUCGUCAGGGGCACAGGCGAGAAAGACACAACCAUUGUUCUCAAGAGGAAGCCUACCAAGCCCGUGUUCACGCUUGGCAGGUUCGGCAUCGCCCCCAAGGCCGAUUUUGGAUACAGGUCUAGAAUCACCAACACCUACGUGCCAGUCAAGGCUUCCUCGGUUACGGUUAGGGAUGCGUCUGGGUUCGUGGUAGGCCAGACUGUCUACAUCGCUCGAGCUGUGACCGAUUCUUGGGUCAGGACAAAUGGCAUGAGUGACUUGGUGAAGAACGGCAACCACCAAGACUGGAUCCCGGUAGGAACACAACUCAUGGCGCCGAACGUCAUCAAGACCAUCAGCGGCAACACAAUCACGUUCAAGAUCCCCCUCACAGACAACCUCAACUCGGUUUACAUGAGAGCCGAAGUCCGAGCUUACACCGCGCCCGAGGCAACUACAGAGAUGGGGGUUGCGAACCUCCAGAUAGAAGCUGGCUCCGAUACCUGCUCCGGGACUCGCCUCGACUUCACAACUUGCAACUACGCUGCGGUUAGGUUUGCAUCUUGGACGGUUGACAGUUGGGCUACCGGACUGAACCUGACCGGCUUCAACAAGUUCUUUGAGAUUCAGAGAGACGCGGCUAGGAUCACUAUCCAGGACACCAUCAUGAAUCGUAACAAGGAUAUCGAGGGUACUUCGUUGCCUUCUGACAUCAUUCUCAGAGGCAGCCAGGUUCUCAUUCAAGACCUUACACAAGUUGGGCUCGACACGGCCAGAUCUUACACGGUCUCUACUGACGCUUUCACCCCGGGACCAAAUGCUGUCACCCGCUACGAGACUGAUUCUGGUGAUCAAAUGUUCCAGCCCUUUGAGCGAUGGGCUAAUGGUCUGCUGGCCGAGGACUCCUCGGCACCCACCAGCUUUGGGAACAGAGGAACCACAGGCCGUGGCUGGGCCGUGAAUGCCGGUGUCGGUUGGAACUUGCGAAACGAUGUGACCUUUGACUCUCCUCCGCUGGGGAUCAACUGGUGUGUUGGCUGUGGAAGCCCUGGUGACUCGAUGGGUAAUGCAACCCUGAUUCAGUCCGGCUAUCAGGUGAAGCCGCGCAGUCUUUUUGCGGCUCAGCUUCAAGCCCGGGGCGUGAGCUGGUAUACUAGGGGAGGUGACUGA